GUGCAGUCACCUCACCUCAAGCCAGGUCAGGGUCAGGCGCGAUCAGGUUCCUGCCCACUACCGCGGUACUCAGCCAGCUACUAGUAUCUCGCUGCAGCUGGCCGUAGGGUGGUGAGAGAGCGGAGAGUUGAGUGAGAGAGUGAGAGACCGAGGAAGAGGGGAUGGAGUUCUUGCUGCUGUUCCUCGUCUCCGGCUCCCUUCUGCUCCCUUCCUUGGGUCUUGCUGUUUUAGGUCAAGAAGGCCGUCAGCUGGUUCACCUCAAUGAGCCAUCGCAGGCAGGUGUACAUGUAUCAGUCGCUCACAAGGACCUCCCCAUGGUGGCCUCCUCGGUUCUUGGAGCAGAGUCCUGGCUCAGGACCCAUGUCCUGGCACACUACCCAUCCGAGCACAUCACAGCCAUCGUCGUAGGCCGUGGUGUCACCUGCAACCAUGGCCAAGAGCUCGUAUGGCUUCGCCUCUCGCACGCUAUCAAGAAUCUGCACCAUUCUCUCGUGCGCUGGGGCCUUGUUGAUGAUAUCAAGGUCACCUCUGAUUCCCCUCUGUGUGCGAGGGAUAUAGUGGUCCUGCAGAGGAGGCUGUAUGGGAGGCACCACUUGCCAUCGUCAGCAAUGUUCCCGCCACUGCAGCCACCUGUGGCAUCGACAUAUAUGUCACCACCAGCAGGCGUGCCACUGUCCUUUGCACCCAAUUACCCGCCUGAAGUUGUACCCGCUGUCCCACCCACAGAAGUUGUGCCGCCACACUCACCCAUUUUUGCGCCAGCAAGCCCACCUCCGGUGGUGUCAGCUACUCCACCCCUCACCAUGCCUUCUACCUCGCCCACCUCAACACCUGCUAGUCCACCUGAGGUCACUGGUGGCAUGGCCCCAUCAGCAAUGUCACCUCCAUGCUUGGCUCCACCCACAGCAACAAUGUCCCCACCACCGUGGUCUGGCGGAGGGAAUGGCGGUGGCUUGUGGUGUGUGGCCAAGCCGACUGUGCCGGAAGACAAGCUGCAGGAGGCAAUGGACUAUGCUUGCAGCCAGGAUGGAGUUAAUUGCCAGGAGAUUGCAGCUGGCGGUAGCUGCUUCUAUCCAGACAACAUUGCAUCACAUGCAUCAUAUGCAUUCAAUAGCUAUUGGCAGAAGAUGAAGCAGAUUGGUGGGAGCUGCAAUUUCGGUGGUACUGCUUUGCUGAUCAAUUCUGAUCCAAGCUACCUACAAUGCCGCUUCAUGCUGAGUUGAAAGGGCUGUGCUAGGAUCUUAUUCUAUGGUCUUUGGUGAGACUGGAGAUGGGGAUGUCACCAAACGCAAACCUAUAGUAGAGUGGCUACUACCAUGCAAACGUUUGAAUUUGGCCCAUCAAUUUUUGUUCAUCCGUGCAUCCGCAAGGAACUAAAAUUCUUCUAGGAUAGUACGAAUCUGAUUCCAGAUGUUCCUGGAUUAUUUUGCUUUUGCGUGGAUCUUGGGGUCUGGCCUUCAACAUCUUGCUGUCAGCCAGGAUGGUUCUGCUUCUGCCCACAUUGAACUCAUGAACUCAUGAACUUUUUUUUUUCAGCAACAAUCCAUGAACUGGCCUGGUUUAGAUCGGAAGUUGGGAACUUCGGUCCUGUGGAUGUUGGUUCAGCAUGUUGCUUAGUAAUUUUUGAAGUUGAUUUCAAUUAAAAAAGUUAAGAAAAUUAUCAGAGCCAGGUUUCAAUUAAAAAAGUUAAGAAAAUAAAUCCUAGGACCUGUGGGUUAUUGCUUA